AGAAUUGAUUAUCUCAGAACUCCCCAACUCAUGCUUCGUAAAGGAUCAAAGAAGAUGUAUAGGUCUGGGGCAUGGAAUGGACAAUCUAUUAAAGGCUCUGGUAUGUUAGCCAAUCAAGUUAACAAAUAUAACUUUGUUUGGAACAACAAAGAGUUGUAUUUCAUGCAUGAGAUUAGUGGUAACGCCAUAAUCUCGAAACUGACAUUGAAUCAAUCUGGAAUGAUACAACUCUCAGUACAGAAUGAAGGAGACAUUGAUUGGAUUAAUGUGUUCACAGUGCAAUAUGACUUAUGUAAUACGUACGGACAGUGUGGCCCUAAUGGCAUUUGCAGAAUCAGUAAGAUCCCAAUUUGUGAGUGCUUGGAGGGUUUUAUUCCAAUAUCACAGAGAGAAUGGGAUGGACUUAAUUGGAUGAGCGGAUGCGUUAGGGGGACUCCAACAAAUUGCGAGAAAAGAGAUUGGUUUAGGAGGCUUGGAAAUGUGAAAUUGCCGGACCUUAAACUGUGGCUCAAUAAAAGCAUGAGCCUUAAGGAUUGUAGGAGAGAAUGCCCCAAGAAUUGUUCUUGCACGGCUUUUGCAAGUUCAGAUAUUGGUAGAGAUGAUAGAACUUGUUUCAUUUGGUUUGGCAAUCUGACUGAUCUUAGAGAACUUGAUAAAAAAGACAGUGAGCAAGAUAUUUACUUUCGCAUGGCUGCUUCAGAACAAGAUUCAAUGACGAUCGAGAAUGAGAUAGAGUUACCAUUGUUUGACAUGGCAACUAUUGCUACUACUACUGACAACUUUUCAGGCUAUAACAUGAUUGGAGAGGGUGGUUUUGGACGUGUUUACAAGGGGAAGCUAUCAUCGGGACAAGAAAUAACAGUGAAGAGGCUUUCACAAAGUUCUAGGCAAGGUCUACAAGAGUUCAAAAAUGAAGUAGUUCUGAUUGCCAAACUUCAACACCGAAAUCUUGUCAGGCUACUUGGGUGUUGCAUUGAAGGAGAAGAAAUGAUGCUUAUCUACGAGUAUAUGCCUAACAAAAGCUUGGACUACUUCAUAUUUGAAGAAAGUAGAAAAGAGUUUCUUACAUGGGAAAAUCGCUUUGAAAUUUCCAUGGGAAUAUCAAGAGGGCUACUUUAUCUUCACCAGGAUUCUAGAUUAAGGAUUAUACAUAGGGACCUCAAAACCAGCAAUAUAUUAUUGGACAGUGACUUGAACGCUAGAAUUUCUGACUUUGGACUUGCAAGAAGUAUUGGAGGAGACCAAUAUGAAGCCCAAACAACAAGAGUAAUUGGAACAUUUGGCUAUACGUCCCCUGAAUAUGCUGUUGAUGGGAAAUUCUCAACGAAGUCGGAUGUUUUCAGCCUUGGUGUUCUCUUACUAGAGAUUGUGAGUGGUGCAAAAAAUAGGAAAUUUAGUCAUCCAGAUCACCAUCAUAAUCUUUUGGGACAUGCAUGGUUACUGUAGAAUGAAGGCAAGGCCAUGGAAAUAAUUGAUGACUAUCUAAAGCAAUUCUAUGAUGAGUCUCAAGUUUUGAGAUGCAUUCAUGUGGCUCUAUUGUGUGUCCAGAAACUGUCAGAAGACAGACCAACGAUGGCAUCUAUAGUUUUCAUGCUGGGAAAUGUAGGCGUAACAUUGCCUCAGCCGAAGAAACCUAGAUUUUUCAUUCAAAGGAGUUCUAAUGAAACUAAUGUGAUUCUUGAAGAGAGUCGCCUCUCUGAAAAUUCUAUGACAGUAACAAUGCUUGCUGCCCGAUAUCAGAAGUUUGCAUGCAGUAAUACUAAUGAUUUAUUUUUUUAUUUAUCAGAAAUACCAGCAACAUACACUUAGACCUAAUGUGGGGUUAGGAUACCCCUGUCCACGAUUUAUUGAUUGAAAGAAAAAAAG